AAAUACAAAAAUUGGUUUGGUCACCGACGACGACCAAAAAAAUCAACCAAUCAAUUCCUUAAAGUUUUCAGAUUGAUUUUGAGCAGCAGUUAACCAACAGCGUAUCUACCGUGCGUAAAAAUAGGACAAAUAUAUAAAUAUAUAUCGUGGUAAAAGCGAUCUAUCUAUAAUACUCUCUCUCUAUCCUUUUCUUAUUAAUUAAUGAAUUAUAAUAAUUCUGAAACUGAAUUAUAACACUUGCAAUAAAGAAAAGCAAAUUUCUACUUGUACAAUUCGUCUUCAUACGAAUUUCUAACGAUUUUAAAAAUCACCAAGAAAAAAUCUAUGAAAUCUAAGAAAUGUGAAGUGAAGAAAACAAAAUGUUAUCCCAUAAAACUGAAUACGAGUUUCUUAAAUAAAGAAUCUGUCCGAGAACAAAUAAAGAAAAAGGAAACAUUUAAAAACUUUUAUAAAAGUUCUGUAUAAACAAAAAAAAGAGAAAUAGUUGAACUGAUUUUUCUACUUUGCGAAAUUCAGUGGUGGUAAAGUAAUUUUUUAAUUUUUGUUCAAUUGGAAUCCUCCUUGUUCUCAUUGAUAAAAUGAACAUUAUCUAACUUUAAAAAGUAGAACUAAGGAAGUUAACUUUUAAUCGGGUUGCGAUUGCGAUCACUUAUGUUCUGCUGUUAAGAGGAAAAAACCCAAAAACGAUUGAAAAAAGGAAGAAAAGAAGAAAGGCCGCUGUUUGCUUUUGCUUCUGCCUUUUGCUGUGCUGCACUGCACUAGUUGCUAAUAAUUGAGAUUGAGAAGUUUGGAAGUCGAAAACUUUCUCAUCGUGUCGCCUUCGUCGUCGUCGUUAUCGCUCCAACAAAUUGAUUUAAAAACUUACAGGAAAAGUUUCAUUGGAUCAGCAUAACUUUUAACUUUGGUUGGUAAUGGGAGAAGUGUAAAUUGAUAGAACGAACGAACUUGCGUAAGGAUAUUCGUGUGUGGUUUUGAUUUUGUUUCUGAUUUUUAGUUCUCUAACGAACGAAAAAAAGAAGGAAAUAUAACGCGUUGGAAUGUUGUUCUGCUUUCUGCAUGCCAACUUGAAAUUUAAUAUCCACUUACUAUACUAACAAAAUAUACAAAAUCUAUCUCUAUCGAUUUUUAGUUUAAGAUGUCUCAUCAAACUCGGUUUUCGAGUUUUAUUAAAUUGCCCUACGUACUUCAGGAGCUAGAAUAAUGUUUACGCCCAUUCGUAAUCUUAUAACAUACAUACAAAAAAAUGCCAGUGGAUCGAAUUUUUUUGGAGGAACUACACCAACGAGCCCUGAACUAAGUGAAACUGUUGUCCAUAACAACAACAACAACAGCACAUCAAUGGAGAGUGAAAUUAUCGAAAGUAUAGUACCCACAAUGGUGGUAUCAGAAUCAGAACCGUCGUCAUCCUUAUCAUCAUCAUUGUUGAAAGAACCAAAUCUUAAUGAAAAUAAUAACCAUCCUGUUGAGAAUGAACUUCUCCUCAAGGAGAAAAGCUUUUUUGUGAGCACAAAUGCCACCACCGUCAACGUGACUGACCAAGAUCCAGAUCCUUUGAAUGAAAACCCCGAUUAUAAUGAUAAUGAUUAUCUGGAAGAAGUCGACGACGAGACAGGAGGAGGAGGAGAGGAGGAGAAAGAUAUAUUCCUGGACUUUCCACCUGAGAAUGAAACCGAGACCGAGACCGAAAAUGAUCUUGGAUUUCCAAGAAGUGAAGUGAUAGUUCUCAAUGAUCCAGAUUUGAAUGUGUCCAUGAAUUCGGAACCCACAGCAGAUCCUCUAGCGAUAGAUGAGUACAAUGUAAAUUUGUCUGUUAGCUCCCCAAAUCCCUUAGACUCAUCGACUGAGGGUGAUGUUCUUUUCGUGGUUGAUAUCGAAUCGGUUGUGGGUCAGGCUCCACGACUGAUAGACGAGGCUGAAGAUUCUACCCAAUUGACUACGACGGUCAAGUCAACGGAUGAACAGGAACUGCGAAGUGAUGGUUCAGAUUCUGGACUGGGUUCGGAGACAUCGACUUUGCAAACAACCGCGACCAGCGUAACCGACACCAGUGUUGGCUCAAUAAUGUGUGCAUCUCCAAUGGCGGAAAAAAUUCCCCUCCGCUCCAAUUUAAAACGUCACAUCCAAGACGUGGAUGUUGUGGACACCGCCGACGGCCAGCAACUCCAAAACAAAAAACCCAGAAGAUCAAUUAACUUUGAGGGCGUAAAAGUCUUCUAUUUUCCACGCAUCCAGGGUCAUGGAUGUGUCCCAUCGCAGGGCGGAUGUACCCUUGGCAUGGGAGCUCAUCACAUUAGUUUUAAAACAUUCAGUUUGGCCGAGCAUGCAGCAGAGCUAAGGCGUGCUCAUAAAUUGCAAUUGCAAGAGGUCAAUCCGCGUGGUUCGUCGAGUGAUGAAUCGGACAGCGAUGAGGAGCUAAGUGAGGGCAGUGGAUCAGAUCUGGAUGCGGAGACAAAUGGUUUCCUGCAACCGGUUUCACCAAAACAACGAAGAGCCUUACUGAAAGCGGCUGGCAUCAGGAAAAUCGAUGCCAAUGAGAAAAUUGAAUGUCGAGACAUAAGGAAUUCGAGAGAGAUUUGCGGUUGUGUGUGCAGAGACUUUUGUGACCCCGAUACGUGUGCGUGCAGUCAAGCUGGAAUCAAGUGUCAGGUCGAUCGGGCAAUGUUCCCCUGCGGGUGUUCCCGUGAUGCAUGCGGUAAUGUCAUUGGUCGCAUUGAAUUUAAUCCAUCUCGAGUUAGGACACAUUUCAUACACACAAUUAUGCGCCUGGACAUGGAAAAUCGACAGCAAAAACGAACUGACGAACUAAGUUCUCAACUAGUGGCCUCAUCAACACAUUUAGUUUAUAAUAAUGUUCCUGCCCUAGCAGCAAGCAGCAACAGCAUCAGUAACAUCAGCAGCACAACAGCUAUCAGCACUUACAAUCCAAUACCAACCAACUACAAUAGCCUGGAUCAAAGUUCGAACGAAGCCUACCAUCAUCACAUGCAUCAGCAGUACAAUGUGUACAAUAAUCACAUGCCACAAACACAUCCUGCCAGUGGUCUGUGCGGUGUUCAAUCGGUGUUGUCUCCGUUAUCAGCGCCGCCAGCGGUCGUGAUGGGAGCACCAACAGUUGCAUUAACCUUACCCACGCACAAUCUCUAUACCAAUGCGACGCCCACAGCAGUCACCACAGAAGUAGAUAGCAUAGCCUUGAAUGGUGGCGUCGGAGUGGGCGUUGGAAACCUACAUUACCAGGAUGGAACCAUAUAUCCACCAGUAGUCAUCCCGCCUGUUGUGACCUACGGUGAUAUUUUAACGCCCUAUGCCAACACAGCGCCAUAUGAGAACCCCACUAGCACUUACUCAACGUCGAACGUGUACACUAGUUAUCAUAAUGCUCCACACCACCAAAGCAAUCAUGUUCAUCCCACAGAACAACCACAGCCUUUCCUGGGAUACAAUGCAUCUUGCAAUGGUGACAUGGCUGACUUCAGUGAAAGCCACAACAGCUUUAUAAGCCUGAAUACGCCCGACGCGAGCUCAGCUCGAUUGUCGGCAAUCAAUGAUCUUUUACACAGUACUCGAAACACAACAUCGGCCUUGGUGGCAGUGUCGCCAAUCGAGACGGCCAUAGUUCCAUGUGAAUCAGGUCUACAAGAUCAUCAACUAACAGAUCUUCCAGUUUCGAAUGUUAUCAAGGAAACAGUAGAAGAAUGUGACCAAAAUCUUGCACACUCAGAUUUGAGUAGAAGACCAGAGACACCACCAGAUGAAGGACUUACACAGCCGCCUGCGCCUUUGGCAGUUAUUGAAACAAAUGAAAAUCAAUUGACCAAGGAAGUAAUGCCCGAGAUCACAGAGGUAGGUGGGGACAAAAUCAAGGAAAGCAUCCCUGAAGUUUUUGCAAAUGAAGAAGAACCAGUAAAUCAGCGUGUAGAAAAAGAAGAAGAACUGCCAAUCACAGAGAGUAAAGAAAUGCUGGAGAAGAGUACUGUGUCCGCAUGCUCUAAGGUCGAGAAAUCAGAGAUCGAUAAGAUUAUGAAUGGUGACAUUCAUGUCGAUCUCCCCGCGGCGAAACCAGAGGAAAAUGGCAUCAACAACGCAACAACACCAACAACAGCAUGUCCCCCAAUAGUUGAGAGCGCACUGGCUUAGGCACCCCACCACAACCGCUUUCUUUGCUCAACCCCUUGCAAGACUUUGUUUCUUCAUUCAGCGCCUAGCCCCUACUACGCAAAAAAGAGCGCUUAUAUAUUUCUGUGAUUAAAAAUAAUUUCCUUUUGGGCGCGUUUAUUAUUUUUGAAAAAAUAAUUUAAAAAAAAAAAAAUCAGUUUGCGUCCAGAUUCCUAAGUUAAAUAAAAAGAUUGAAAAAUAACAACAACAAAAAAGUGACAAAGAUGGUGUUGUUAGGUGAUAAUCGUCCUGGAGAGAGGACAAGAGAUUUGUUGUUGAUGCCUCGUAACGUAAAACAUUUAUCCAUGAUUUGGAAAAACAGAAACAAAAUAACAAUUUUCAAAUAAUAUUUUUGUUUAUUUUUUUCUUUUAAUUAUUGUAAAUGUCUUAAUUACGAAUUAAUUUUAUUAAACUCGGUAUUUGAUUAUUUCCGAGGUAAGUUAUUAUUUAAAAAAAAAACUUCUUUGUUCUUUUCGUUUUCAACUAAAUUUUAUUUAAACAAACAAAUACAUAUUAAAAUUAAAUUGUUCUCGUUAUUCCCUUUUUUCAAAUCAUUUAUUUACUUAUUCCUUUUUCCAUAUAAAUUUUUUAGAAGUAGUUUUUUUUAAUGCUUUAUUGUUUUAAAAUUGAAAAAGUAAAAAGUUUUCAUCAUCCAGAUUAAGUAAUAAAAUAAAUAAACAACAAACAAAAAAUUAUAAAUUAAUGAACAAAUAAAAACAAACAAACUUGUAAUAAUAUUAAAAAAAAAGAAGAAGAAAGAAAAUAACUUGUUUUGUAGUGUCAACUUUUAUAUAAUUAAUUAUUCUUGUUUUAAGUGUUAAAACUUUAAAAUAAAUAAAUAAUAAAUACAACAAAAUAAAAGAAUUACAAAAAAUAAACAACUAAAAUUAGGGAAAGCAAUUCAAAGUUAUAUAACUCCAUUGAAAUUGCAUUAAAAAUAAAAUAGAUUUUAUAUAGAAAAGACACAUUUUAAAAACUUGUGUGUUUUAUGUUAAAACAAAAACAAUAUAACAUAAUAAAACAACAACAAAAAAUGAUGCAUUUUGUGUAUAAAAUCAAUUAUCCUGUAAAAAAAAAGAAAAACAUUAAAUUAAAUAAAAAUAUUUAAAAAUAAAUCUCACAUAAAACACAG